GCGUUACUCUUUGCGCUGUGAUUGGCCAGUGUGGCGCUCGGUGCCAGUAGCAGGUCACAGUCAGGCAGCACUAGCAGCAGCGCUGAUCGGUUAUCAUGGCGGUUAUCGCUCCGCUCCUCGCCCUCGUAUACGCGGCGCCUGGGUUAUGGCGCUGGGUGUCACAGCCGUACUACCUGCUCUCCGCCCUGCUCUCCAUAUCCUUCGUCCUCAUCAGGAAAGUGCCGCCCGUGUGCACUGCGCUGCCGACCCAGCGGGAGGAUGGCAACCCCUGUGACUUUGAUUGGAGAGAAGUGGAGAUACUGAUGUUCCUCAGCGCCAUAGUAAUGAUGAAGAACAGACGUAGUAUUACAAUUGAACAGCAUGUUGGAAAUAUCUUCAUGUUCAGUAAAGUUGCCAAUACCAUCUUGUUUUUCCGCUUGGACUUGCGUAUGGGCCUCCUGUAUGUCACCCUGUGCCUAGUCUUCGUCAUGACGUGUAAACCUCCUCUGUAUAUGGGUCCUGAGCAUAUCAAGUAUUUCAGCGACAAAACCAUAGAGGAAGAGAUGCAGUCUGAUCGGCGUGUGUCGUGGAUAGUAGAGUUCUUUGCAAACUGGUCAUCUGAAUGCCAGUCCUUUGCUCCCAUCUAUGCGGAGCUGUCUCUGAAGUACAACUGUGCUGGGUUGAAAUUUGGUAAAGUUGAUAUUGGACGCUAUCCUGAUGUCAGUACUAGGUACAAUGUGAGUACAUCACCACUCACCAAGCAGCUGCCCACGCUUAUCUUGUUCCAAGAUGGCAAGGAGAUAUUUCGGCGACCACAAAUAGAUAAAAAGGGGCGUGCUGUAUCGUGGAGCUUCACUCAGGAAAAUGUUAUUAGAGAGUUCAAUCUAAAUGAACUGUAUCAGAAAGCAAAGAAACUUUGGAAGAAUCAAGACGACACAGAACCAGAGACUGAGAAGGACCAACCUCCAAUAGAGAGCAAGAAGGACCAGUAACCCUGUUCAUGAUUCCCCUCCUCCUUCCUUUUAUCGAAGUGAUGUACAUAGAACAUAAACUGACACUCCAUUACAGUUUUACACCACAUCCCUCUGUACGGACUGACUGUCAUGUAAGGAAGACUUGUCGCUAUCACUGACACCUAUGUUCGCAACUGAUUCCCCCCCCCCCCCCCCCCCUUGUCCUGAUUGUCGUCUGUUCUACAUUCUACACAACCUGUUAAAAUAUUUCAUCCCCAUUUUGCUGGCUGUUACUGCUACUAAUAUUUUAAAGGUACCAUUGAGGGAGAUCUACAUAUAUUUAUGGAGAAGAAUAACCCUGUACUAGUCCAGUGUUUCACAAACUAAGGUUUAAGGCAGAGGUUCCCAAACUGUGUGCCAUGGCUCCCUGGGGUGCCUCGGGACACUUGCAGGGGUGCCCUGGGUUGGUGGUCCAGGACCAAUUCAAAUUAUUCAUGGUCAAUAUAAUAGCAAAACCAGUGCUGGUGGCUGCCAGUCAUAAAAUAUGUGGCCAAACAGAAGCAAAUCUUGUCCCUCACCACACAACUGACCCUAAAGAUGACAUAUAAACGCAAUCUACUUUAAUGUAAUAUUUCUUUCUAAAUUUCUCAAUAAGAAAUUUUUGGCCUAGGGGUGCCGUGAAAAAAAUUCUGAUAAUCUAGGGUGCCGUGAUUCAAAAAAGUUUGGAAACCACUGGCUUAAGGCUAACACAAGAUAGUGAGUUUCUGCAAUAUAUGCGCUCUGUACUCAGAGGGUUCUCCAUAUGAAAUAUUGCUGGAUAUUCUGGGUACUCGCACAGUAAGUUGUAUUGCAGAGUGACAAACCAAUAGUAUAAUGAGUUUAAGAAAGCCAACCCAUGUUUGUUUUAGGGGUCCCCCUUUAUUUUAAUUUGUUUUCCACCGUCAGAUUAUAUGUGGAAUUACCACUCUGAGUGCUGAACAGGGCAGAUGUUUUGUAUAGAGUUUAUUUAGUAGCAGAUUUUGUUUGCAACAGUGGACAUUUUUUUUUUUUUUUUAACUCUUCUGUUGGCCCACACAUGGUGAAAAUCCAGCGAGAUUGAUUCAGGUGCCCAUGUAUUAUUAUUCCCUGGGUGGUUCAAUAGAAAGCUGACUGCUUUUGCCUUGGGUUCAAUUGUUCAAAAUCGCACAUGUGAGAUGUAGGCAGUGGUGAGUUUCCGGCAUGUCUGACCGAUGUUUUAAUUUUCAUAUUAACAAGUAGAGCUAACAUGUAACUGUGACAAUGGUUUCUCUUACGUCCUAGAGCAGGGCUGGCCAAACCGGUCCUCGAGAUCUACCAACAGUUCAUGUUUUCUAGGCCUCCUGGAGAUCUGUAGAAUUGUCAGGAAUGAAUGCAGCACAUCUUAAUUAGUAAUGACUACACCUGUGCACCAGCUAGGUGGUCUGGAAAAUGUGAACUGUUGGUAGAUCUCGAGGACUGGUUUGGCCAGCCCUGUCCUAGAGGAUGCUGGGGUCCACAUUAGUACCUUGGGGUAUAGACUGGUCCACCAGGAGCCAUUGGCAGUUUAAAGAGUUUGAGAUUGUGGGCUGGCUCCUCCCUCUAUGCCCCUCCUACCAGACUCAGUUUAGAAAAUGUGCGCGGAGGAGCUGGUCACAGCUAGGGGAGCUCUACAGAGCUUCUUUAGAAAAAGUUGUUGUUUUUUUUUUAGAGUUUAUUUUUUUACAGGGAGGCUGCUGGCAACCGCUUCGUUGGACUAAGGGGGGGUGUAGUGUCCGCCCUGCAGGGUCUGAGCCACUAUCUCCGCUGACGGUACACUGAGCUCCUGAGGGGAUCGAUCGUUCUCCGCCACAGAGGAUCGCUCACCCCAGCAACAUGCCGCCACCCCCUUACAGAGCCAGAAGAUUAGUGGAGAGUGAGUUACCGACCCACCUAGCAAGCGGGGGACUGGUGUGAAGAGGGCGGCAACAGGGUAUGGUGCGCAGUACUAACUGCGCUCCGGGGCUCAGCGGUACAUAGUGCGGCGCUGUGAGGGGCGCCCUGAGCCAGCGCCUACACUCUACACUGACCUUCCAGCCUGUCAGGGUCCCUGGAUCGCUGCCAGCAUAAUUCCUCAGGCCAGUAUAAUCUUCUGAAGAGCAGGAGGACAGCGCCAUUUUGGGGCGGAGCUUCUCCUCAGAGCAGACCCAGCAGUGUUCAGCGCCAUUUUCAUGCCUGCAUAACCUGUCAGUGAAGAGCAAGUCCUUCCAGAACAACUCCAGCUAUCUCUCACGGUACCAGGGGGUUGUAGAAGGUGGGGGAGGCUGUGUAAAGACUGUGUAACCUAUUAAGGUGCACAGUCAGCGCUGGUUGGGGGUCUCCCUUUACCUAAAAAGCUCUGUGUGUGGGUUGGCUCCAAUCUCUGUGUCUCUCUUGCCAUUCUUGGGGGUGAAACUCUGUCUGCCCUCCCCUGUGUCUGUGUGGACUGUCUGUUGUCUCCAUUAAGCUAUGUCCAGGGACUCUGUGUCAUAUGCUGCAGAGGAUAUGUCCUCUCAGGAUGAUCCCAUUCCAUGUAAUCAGGAUUGCACUGUUUUAGCACAGAUACAGGCAAGGGAGCCUGAGUGGUUAUCCUGGGAUGCAGUCAAUUUACCUCCAAUCAAAAUCCCGACGGUCAAAAUCCCGACAUGGACAAAAUACCGACAUUUAAAAUACUGACAAGGUCAAAAUACCGAGAACAUGAAAAAAAGAAGAAACAUGUGAAAUGCCGACAUGAGUUUAUCAUGAUUUUUCCAUUGAAACCGACUUGUUCAUACUUUACCAUCCCAGUGGACCUGGAGGGGGAAUAUAAUAGUGAGCCGAGCCAUGCGAGAGGACGCGGCACACAUAUGGUGUCCAUGUCGACCUAUGUCGUCAUAUAUACACACACACAAAACACUGAAAAAUGCAUGUCUGUAUUUUGACCUGUCUGCAUUUGACAUGUCGGGAUUUUGACCGUCGGUCAAUUACUGUCGGGAUUUCGACUGGAGGCAUUUCAUACCGAUCCCGUUAUCCUCUAUCAAAUCUAUGAUUUCUCAGAUUUCUACUAGGGUUGCACAGAAUGAGUAUGCAACUCAGGCUUUACAGAACUCUAUGGCAGACUGGCCCAGUUCUGUUACCUCAGGGCCCCACGCUGUAUAUUCCCAAAAACGUGCUCUUGCACAGAUUAUGCAUGAUGACAUGCUUACCGAUUCUGACACUGCAGACGGUGAUGGGGAUGUGUUGAGGGGGGCAGCAUCUCUUGCAAAAGGGGUGCAGUUGAUGAUAGAGGCCAUUAGGAAUGUGUUGAAUAUUACUGAUACAACACCUGAGCAGGUUGAGGUUUACUUCACUGAAAAUAAGAAAGCCUUGCUAACAUUUCCUGCGUCAAAAGAAUUAAAUGCUGUUUUUGAAAAAGCUUGGGAAAACCCUGAGUAAAAAUUCCAGAUUCCUGAAAGGGUCCAGGUGGCGAUUCCUAUCCCUGUGGAGGAUAGGAAAAAAUGGGAAAACCCGCCCAUUUUUGACGCUCCGGUAUCCAGACUCUCAAAAAAGGUGGUUUUUACCUGUCCCAGGAUCCACCGCCUUGAAAGAACCGGCUGAUCAUAAAAUUGAUAAUACGCUCAAAUCCAUGUACACGGCUUCAGGGGCUAUAUUACGUCCCACUAUUGCCAGUGCUUGAAUUGCCAAAGCUAUAGUAAAGUGGUCAGGUACAUUACUUGAAGAUUUGGAUACUAUGGAUAAAUCUGAUGUUGAAUUGUUUUUGCGUAACAUUCAGUAUUCGGCAGGAUUUCUGGUAGAAUCCAAGAAAGACCUGGGUUCCAUGGCUGCAGGAAUUUCUUCCAUUUCUGUCUCCGCUCGUUGAGGACUGUGGCGGCGACAGUGGUCUGCCGAUGCGGAAUCCAGGAGUAGUGUGGAGACCCUACCCUACACAGGUCAGGCUCUCUUGGGAAGCGUUAGAUGAGUGGAUCUCCACGUCUACAGCGGUGAAGUCACUUUUUCUUCCAUGAGCUGCACCUGCUACGAAGAAACCCUUUUCUUCAAAUGCAUCACAGCCCUUUCGGGCUGCCAAGCAAAGAAAGGCCAGACAGUCCAACACCUUAUUUCGGGGAGGUCGGCCCAAAUCCAAGAAACCUGCUGCUGCGGGUUCCCAGGAACAGAAACCUGCUUCAGGUACGCCGAAGUCCUCCACAUGACUGUGGACUGCACGCCACAGAGGUGGGGCUGGUGGGAGCGAACUCAGGCAUUUCUAUCACAUCUGGGUGUCGUGCGGCCUGAAUCCCUGGGUGCAAGAUAUCGUGUCCCAGGAGUACCGGCUGGAAUUUCAAGAUCUCCUUCAUCACCGAUUCUUCAAAUCAGGCUUGCCAGCUUUGCUGGCAGACAGAGCUGUCCUGCAGGCAGCCGUCCAGAAGUUGUUGGAGGCACAGGUUAUUGUACCGGUCCCUCAUAUGCAAAACAAAGGUUACUAUUCGAACCUUUUCGUGGUACUGAAACCGGAUGGUUCGGUCAGGCCCAUUCUGAACCUAAAAUCGCUAAAUCCCUUUCUGAAGGAGUUCAAGUUCAAAAUGGAGUCUUUAAGGGCGGUGAUAUCAGGUCUGGAAGAGGGGGAAUUCCUGGUAUCCCUGGAUAUCAAGGAUGCGUACCUCCACAUUCCGAUUUGGCUGCCGCAUCAGGCUUAUCUCCGCUUCGCACUGUUGAACUGUCACUAUCCGUUCCAGGCCCUGCCAUUUGGCCUCUCCACAGCACCGAGGGUAUUCACCAAGGUGAUGGUGGAAAUGAUGGUUCGCCGCCGCAGACGGGGGGUGAACAUAAUUCCAUAUCUGGACGAUCUGAAUCUUCCAAAAUCACAUUUGGAACCAACCAGGAGGUUGUCCUUUCUGGGAAUUAUCCUCGACACGGAAGUGCAGAGGGUGUUUCUUCCAUAGGAAAAAGCGUUGGUGAUACAAACAAUGGUCCGGGAUGUCCUGAAUCCAGCCUGGGUGUCGGUUCAUCAGUGCAUUCGCCUUCUGGGAAAGAUGGUGGCCUCUUACGAGGCUCUACAGUACGGGAGGUUUCAUGCUCUGUCCUUCCAACUGGAUGAUCUGGACAAUUGGUUGGGAUCCCAUCUACAUAUGCACCAGAGAAUGCGUCUGUCACCAAAGGCCAGGAUUUCACUCCUCUGGUGGUUGCAACUACCUCACCUUCUGGAGGGCCGCAGGUUCGGGGUUCAGGACUGGAUCCUUCUAACCACGGAUGCAAGUCUCCGGGGCUGGGGCGCAAUCACUCAAGGGGAGACCUUCCAAGGAAGGUGGUCGUGUCUUGAAGUCGGCCUGCCUAUAAACACUCUAGAACUAAGAGCCGUCUACAACGGUCUUCUCCAAGCGGCCCAUCUUCUGAGAAAUCGGGCCAUUCAAGUGCAGUCGGACAAAGUAACGACAGUGGCUUACAUCAACCGACAGGGCGGAACGAAGAGCAGAGCUGCAAUGUCAGAGGUAACAAGAAUCAUCCUCUGUGCAGAAAAACAUGCGUUGGCGCUGUCCGCAAUCUUCAUUCUGGGAGUAGACAACUGGGAAGCGGACUUCCUCAGCAGACACGAUCUCCAUCCAGGAGAGUGGGCUCUCCAUCUGGAGGUGUUCAAGGAGGUAACAGAUCUUUGGGGUGUACCUCAAAUAUACAUGAUGGCCACUCGUCUGAACAAGAAGCUUCGGCGAUAUUGUACCAGGUUGAGGUACCCGCAAGCAGUGGCGGUGGACGCCCUAGUGACUCCCUGGGUUUUCCUGUCUGUGUACGUGUUUCCACCACUCCCACUCAUUCCAAGAGUGCUAAAGCUCAUAAGGAGAACAAGGGUUCAAGCGAUCCUCAUUGCUCCAGACUGACCAAGAAGGGCUUGGUACGUGGAUCUUCUGGAUCCACUGCUAGAAGAGCCGAGGCCUCUUCCUCUUCGGGAGGACCUGCUGCAGCAGGGGCUGUUCGCCUAUCAAGACUUACCGCAGCUGCGUUUGACCGCAUGGAGGGUUUACGCCAGAUACAAGCUCGGAAGGGCAUUCCAAACAAGGUUAUUCCUACCCUGAUACAGGCUAGGAAAGGAGUAACGUCUACACAUUACCAUCGUAUUUGGAAAAAAUAUGUAUCUUGGUGUGAGUCCAAGAAGUUUCCUAUGGUGGAGUUUCAACUGGGAUGUUUUCUCCUCUUCCUGCAAGCAGGUCUGAGGUUCUCCUCUUCCUGCAUAUGGGUCUGAGGUUGGGAUCCAUAAAGGUCCAAAUUUCGGCCCUGUUCAUUUUCUUUCAGAAACAGUUGGCUGCCCUCCCUGAGGUUCAGACUUUUUUGCAGGGAGUUCUGCACAUCCAACUCCCUUUGUACCGCCUAUGGCGCCCUAGGAUCUUAAUGUGGUGUUGCAGUUCCUCCAGUCGGACUGGUUUGAACAUCUACAGGAGGUUGAGGUCAAGUUUCCCACGUGGAAGGCUGUCACUUUGUUGGCCUUAGCUUCUGCUAGACAUGUGUCAGUGUUGGGGGCUUUGUCAUGUAGAAGCCCAUACUUGAUCUUCCAUGAAGAUAGAGCUGAACUUCGGACACGUCAGCAGUUUCUUCCGAAGGUUGUUCCGGCAUUUUAUAUCAACCAACCUAUUGUGGUGCCAGCUGCGACUGACUCCUCAAUUUCAUCAAAGUUCUUGGAUGUUGUAAGGGCUCUAAAAAUCUAUGUGAGGACAACUGAUCGUCACAGAAAAUCGGACUCUGUUUGUCCUGUAUGAUCCCAAGAAAAUAGGGUGUCCUGCUUCUAAGCAGGCGAUCUCUCGCUGGAUCAGGUUCACUGUCCAGCAAGCGUAUUCUACGGUGGGAUUGCCGUGUCCUACGUCUUUUAUGGCCCACUCUACUCGUAAGGUUGGGUCUUCCUGGGCGGCUGCCCGGGGUGUCUCGGCGUUACAACUUUGCUGAUCAGCAACUUGGUCUGGGUCGAAUACGUUUGCAGAGUUCUACAAGUUCGAUACUUUGGCCUCUGAGGACCUGAAGUUUGGUCUGUCUGUUCUGCAGGAGCCUCCGCGCUCUCCCUCCCGAUCUGGGAGCUUUGGUACAUCCCCAUGGAACUAAUGUGGACCCCAGUAUCCUCUAGGACGUAAGAGAAAAUAGGAUAUUAGUUGCCUACCGGUAAAUAAUUUUCUCGUAGUCCAUAGAGGAUGCUGGGCGCCCGCCCAGCGCUUUGUUUUCCUGCUAUCAUUAUUUGGUUCAGUACAGCUUUGUUUUAGGUGAGUACUGCAUGUUACAUGGUAAGUAAUGUUUCAGCUGUUGCUGAGUUUCAAGCUAGUUAGCUUGAUGUGUCUUGUAUGUGUGAGCUGGUGUGAAUCUCGCCACUAUCUGUGUAUAAUCCGUCUCUCGAAGAUGUCAGUCUCCUCUGGCACAGUUUCUAGACUGAGUCUGGUAAGAGGGGCAUAGAGGGAGGAGCCAGCCCACACUCUCAAACUCUUAAAGUGCCAUUGGCUCCUGGUGGACCAGUCUAUACCCCAUGGUACUAAUGUGGACCCCAGCAUCCUCUACAGACUACGAGAAAAGGAUUUACUGGUAGGCAACUAAAAUCCUAUUUUUCCUUUAUGUAAUCUGAGUAAAAUACAAUGUCUGAUUUUAUUGUUAUUUAAAAUAGUCUCGUCAGUCUUGUAAGAAAAACAGUUAAUAAGAUUUAGAGGGUUACACAAAGACUCUCCUUAAUCAAUGCAUCAUACAUCUCAUCUUGUCGUUUAUGCAUAAAUUGUGAUCAUUAACAUGACUGGGAAAUGAAUUUAAUAUAGUGACUUUUUUUUUUUUUUUAAAUGUAUGAUUUAUUUUAUUUAACGUAAUAGGAAACAAACACUUGCUUGGAUGAGCCCGGAGCUGCUAUAUGCGUAUACACUGUUGCUGUGUCGGAAAUAUAUUGUACUUGAACUGCUACUGUAAUAAAGGAAGAUAUUUUCAUAGCCAGCCAA